AUGGAUAUUCUUUGUGAUGAGGAGAGCUCUGUGAACCCAACUGCAAACUCCAUAAUACAAAUAAAUCGUGAGAGAAGACUCUACAGAAAUGUUUAUGGAGCUGGAGAGAUUAAUAUAUCACAUCUCUUUAACUUGACUGUGGACUCUGAAAACCUAACCAAUCUUUCAUGUGAAAGUAACAUGAGUCCCCCGUGCUACUCUUCCCUGUUCCAGCUUUCACAGAAGAACUGGCCAGCUCUGCUGACAGUGAUAGUGAUUGUUUUAACCAUUGCUGGAAAUAUUCUUGUCAUCAUGGCUGUGUCACUGGAGAAAAAACUACAGAAUGCUACCAACUAUUUUCUAAUGUCACUUGCAAUAGCUGAUAUGCUGCUGGGUUUCCUUGUCAUGCCUGUGUCCAUGUUAACCAUACUGUAUGGAUACACGUGGCCUCUACCUACAAAGCUCUGUGCUGUUUGGAUCUAUUUGGAUGUGCUUUUCUCCACUGCCUCCAUCAUGCACCUCUGUGCCAUCUCCCUGGAUCGCUACAUUGCCAUUCGGAACCCCAUCCAUCACAGCCGGUUUAACUCAAGAACUAAGGCUUUUGCAAAAAUAAUUGCUGUUUGGACCAUAUCAGUUGGUAUCUCCAUGCCUAUACCUGUGUUUGGACUACAAGAUGACUCCAAAGUGUUUAAGAAAGGCAGCUGCUUACUUGCAGAUGACAAUUUUGUGCUAAUAGGCUCUUUUGUGUCAUUUUUUAUCCCUCUGACCAUCAUGGUAGUCACCUACUUUUUAACUAUCAAGUUGCUGCAGAAGGAAGCUACAUUAUGUGUGAAUGACGUUGGCCCAAAGACCAAGUUUGCUUCAUUUAGCUUCCUCCCUCAGAGUUCCCUGUCCUCAGAGAAACUCUUUCAGCGCUCUUUGAACAGAGAUGUGGGGACUUCUGGGAGAAGAACCAUGCAAUCCAUCAGCAACGAGCAGAAGGCUUCCAAGGUUCUUGGCAUUGUCUUCUUUCUGUUUCUUGUGAUGUGGUGCCCAUUUUUCAUCACCAAUGUGAUGGCUGUAAUUUGCAAGGAGUCAUGCAAUGAAGAAGUCAUCGGAGGACUACUUAACAUAUUUGUUUGGAUUGGCUACCUUUCUUCUGCAGUUAACCCUCUUGUAUAUACAUUGUUCAAUAAAACCUACCGCUCAGCUUUCUCUCGUUACAUUCAGUGUCACUACAAGGAGGAGAAGAAACCUUUCCAGCUGAUUUUAGUGAACACUAUCCCAGCACUUGCAUAUAAUUCCAGCCAGCUCCAACUAGCACAAAUGAAGAGUUUGAAAAAAGAGGCAAAAAUGAUGGCCAAGGAUUAUUCAAUGGUCACAAUAGGAAUACAUCACUUGGACAGUACAUCCAAGGGAAGUAUCAGCCCAGCAAAUGAAAAGGUUAGCGGUGUGUGA